CCAAGACCCAGGCCUGCAACUCUACAUAGGCGAGCCCAUUCUUUCAUUUCCAAUCUGAAGCAUCGGCGCCGCCCCCGUCUUCCAUUGCCCAGCUCAGUUCAGCCUCACAAAAUCUGGGCAUUACACUGUCUUUAUCUGCUCUGUCGACAGCCAUUUCUGCUCCGGUUGAUCAUAGAAAAGUUCUUGCAGACCAAUCAUGGUAAGCACAUCAGCAACUCCGAACAAGGCAUAUUGAGGAAUUAACCGCCAAGUGCUCAUUGGAAGUGUGAAGUCUGGCAAAUCAACUAGUCCAUGUUCUCGAGCAACUUCAAGCCUAUUCAUUUCAACUAGUGCAUCAAUGGCUGUGGGCCUAUCUUCUCCUGCACCUGCAGUGCUCUCCUCUUCUCGUUGAUUAAAGGAGUGAAGGGUGGAGCUGCUGUGUGGUACAUUGGCUUUCAAAAAACUCCAGGUCAAGAAAUUACUAAGAACAUGUCCCGACAGUUUCAAAAGACAAACUCUAACAAGUAAAAUUGGCAUCAAUCAGUAAGCAAAUCAUGGGAAUGGAGUAAGCAAAAAUGCAAGGCUUGCUUGAACUUGCUGCUGGGUUGAGGUGAGGCACCUCCCUCUGGAAACAUUAUUUCCUUCCUGGUGUUGAGGCCUUUUACAUGUUCAUUGUAGGUUGACAAAAGGAUCCAGUGCCAAAACAGAGCUAAUUUGUGAGUGAGAAUGAGAACCCAGGUAAUUAAAUCUAUUUUAGAGCACCCAUGUACCGCAUUUAUUACCACCCGAUCGAAAACAACCUCAGCUCAGUAUGUAGCAUCAAGAGCUAGAGACCCUUCAUUUGAGAAACUAAUGGAGAAAUACAAAAACCUUAUUAAAGUAAUUGCCAUUCAAGACCUCAUUCUCGCAAACCCCACCAAUAGUCCAUCAGUUUCCCUUGAUUUCCUUUCUAGACUUUCCCAGAAGCUUCACCUCAACCGUGGUGCAGCCUCUUUCCUUCGUAGAUACCCUCACAUUUUCCACAUAUUCCACAAUCCCACCUUGUCUCAAUCUUUUUGCAAAUUAACUGAUGCUGCUCUCGAAAUUUCUCGCCAAGAAGCAGAGGCUGUUAAUGCUUCCUUGCCUGUUGUUGUCAAUAGGUUGGUACGGCUGUUAUCAAUGUCCACAUCCAAGUCUUUGCCACUUCGUGCUAUCUUUAAGGUUUGGAGGGAGCUGGGGCUUCCUGAUGAUUUUGAAGACUCAGUGAUAUCCAGAAACCCACAACUUUUUAGAUUGUAUGAUGCCCCUGAACCCAAUACACAUGUCCUGAAACUGGUUGAUGAAAUUCCUAACAACCAUUUCACAGCAGCUGUUGAAAAUUGGAGAGUGACCGAGUGUUGUAAGGAUGAUUGCAGUGUUGAUCGAACAGAAAUGCAAUUUAGUUUCAAACAUCAGUACCCUCCUGGAAUGUGGUUGAGCAAGAGUUUCAGGGCUAAGGUCAAGGAAUGGCAGAGAUUGCCAUAUGUAGGACCCUAUGAGGAGUUGGGAGAAAAGAAGAGGUCUAAGGCAGGACUGAUGGGAUUGGAGAAACGGUCAGUUGCGAUUGUACAUGAAUUUUUGAGUUUGACAGUGGAAAAGAUGGUGGAAGCGGAGAAGAUUAGCCAUUUUAGGAAAUGUUUUGGGAUUGAUUUGAACAUAAGGGAUUUGUUCUUGGAUCAUCCAGGCAUAUUUUAUUUGUCUACCAAAGGAAAGAGACAUACUGUCUUCCUUAGGGAAGCAUAUGAGAGGGGUCGCUUGAUUGAUCCGGAUCCUGUAUAUGAUGUCAGGAGAAAGUUACUUGAUAUAGUUAUUCUGGGUCGCUGCAGAUCGCUUGCUGCCAAACUAAAGCCUGGUGAGAUUGGAAGGGUUGAGGAAUAUGGGUUACAAGAUGAGAAUAAUGACUGAAGGUCAUGAAUUUUCUUAUGUAGUACCACUAGUUGCUAGCUUUGUUUAUCUGCAUGGAUAUGCACAUUUGGGGGAUUAAUCUGUUAAAUUUUUAGCAUGGUAUGCUCAUAUUUGAUUGGGCUUUUUUGAUGGAAAAAGAAAGGAAAAUGAUACAAUAUCCACCUGUUGCAGAAACUAUCGUGAGGCUUUGAUUCACUUUAUCUGGGUGGCAUUGAACCGAGACCCUGAUCCCAAUAGCUAACAAGGUAUGUUAUGUUGAAGCAGAGCUCUAGAAGGGGGGUCUUUUUGGUGCUGCUGUUUUUGAGUUGUUGAGAAAAAUAUUAAGUUAUUAAAAAUUUAUUUUAAUUUGAAU